CAACACCAUCUAGCAUCAUAGCAUUAUAGCAUUAUAGCAUUUUAGCAUCAUUGAACUGCAUCUAGGCUAAAAAAAUGGCAACAAGAUACGUCGAUCGUCCCAUCCCUCGCAUCUCGCUGCGCGACUUCGACCAGCGCAUCGACGAAAUCACCGCAGAACUCGUCAACGCCGCCGAGAACGUGGGCUUCUUCACCCUAGUUGACCAUGGCAUUUCCGUCUCCGAAAUCGAGAACAUGUUCUCCACUGCACAGCGCUUCUUCUCCCUCCCGGAUGACAUCAAAGCCACUGUGCCGUGGAACGCCAACAACGUAGGAUGGGAGAAGAAAGCCCAGAUACGGCCCUCGACGGGCCAGCCUGAUACCAAAGAGUCCUACCAGCUGCAGUUUGGCGAAAACAUGACCGACCUAUGGAUGGACGAUGCACACCUUUCUGGCUUUAAAAACACAUCUCUCUCAUUUAUGCACCGCGUACAGGAAGUCUCCGAGCGGUUGAUGAUCUGCUUCGCCCGGGGCCUCGGCUUCCCCGAUGACUUCUUCAUCAGAUGCCAUGAUGUAUCGCGACCGAACGAACAAACCACCAUGCGACUAUUACAUUACUACGCUCUACCAGACAAAUCCGACGGGAACACCUAUCACCGGGCUGGAGCACACGCAGACUGGGAUUUCUUGACCCUCCUAUUUCAGAAGGAAGGCCAGAGCGGACUGGAAAUAUGCCCCGGACGGGAAGUGGUGACAGAAUUCGGUAUCGGGGAUGAAUGGACACGAGUGGAGGCACAUACUGGAGAUAUAGUGUGUAAUAUUGGGGAUUUGUUGAUGUCAUGGUCGGACGAUCGGUUCAAGUCCACAUUUCAUCGCGUCAAGGCGCCGUCCGAACCAGGUGAUUAUUUCGGCGAUCGAUAUAGUAUCGCGUACUUUAAUCAGCCGUGCAAGGAUGCGCUGAUCCAGGGGCCGAAGAAGAAGUAUCCGCUUGUUACUGGGGAGCAGUUCAAUGCGAACGCGAUGAAGAGGAAUUUUGCGGCGUUGCAGGAGAAGUUGAAGUUGAUGGAGCAGGUUGCUUGA